AUGUUACUUAGUACCACCCCGAAAAUUAAAAAUCUUGAAACUAAAACGACCAAUACUGAAGAGGUGAACAAAGGCAUCUUCUUUGGCUACCCCAGUCGCCGCCACAGCUGCUCUCAAGUGAACAUACCAGCACCAUGUGUCACCAAAACGAUUUCACACAUUGAAGAAGUGGAGUCAAAAAUACAGAAUUAUUUGAAACAAUUUGAAACUUCUCUCGAAGAAUGGGAAAGAAUUGCUUCCAGAAAAGACCUGAAGGAAGAUUUGACUAUUGUCACACCAGUGAAAGUGUGCAAACCAAAAGACAAAGAUAUAACAUGUCCAGAAUUAAAGGAAAAAAUGAAAACACUGCUGUCAGAGAUUAUCAAACUCAUUCAAAGUCUUGAAACUGACCGGGCCUUAGCAGAACUAGCUUUAAAGCAACAAAAGUCAAGAAGGAAAAGGAUUAGCAUGAGAAUUGACUCUUGGUCUAUCUGGAAAAUUCAAGAACUUCCAUUAGCUGUGCAGAAAGAACAUGAGGCCUAUAUGAAAGAUACUAUGGAAUUACGAUGGCACCUUCAAGAUAAAGGCCAUCAAGCAGAAUAUCUUAGGAAACGGAAGAAUAGGUUUGAAGAAGCUAAUGCAAAGAUUGAAGAAGAUAUUAAACUAAUGGUUGAAGGUUCUUUUCUUCUCAAAACAAAGCAGGAGCAGGAACAUGAAGCUCUCAAGGAGCAAUAUAUUAAAAAAUAUGAGGUAUUGGAGAAACUUAAUAAAGUUAAUGUAGAACUCCAAGAAUCUAAAAAAGAAUAUGAACACUCCAAAUUGGAGCUUGAAAAAAAGAAAGUAACCAUGGAAAAAUCUAUUGCUGAUGAACAAUUACACAUGGAGACCUUCAAGAAAGAAAUAGAACAACUCUCGGAUCUAUACACUCACUACACUACAUCAAUACAUGAUGUUAGCGUAGAGAUGAAGACCAGUGAAGAAACGCUGAUUGAGAUAUUGAAGGAAUCAUUGUCAGUCACCAGUAUUGCAUCUGACUUAAAGAAAAAGCUAGAUAAUUUGAAGAAAACAUACGAACAACUCUUCCGGAAGCACAGGAAAUUUGAAAGGCAAUAUUUAGACACAUUCAAUGAUUUCUAUGCUACAAAAAGAACAUUGGAUUCUGAACUUUCUAAUGUAAUAAAAGACUAUACAGGUAUUUCAGAAGCAUAUAAUAGAGUAGUGGACGAAAAUAAAAAAAUUUCGGUUGACAUGUCCAACAUGGUAGAGAAAAUCAAUAAAAGUAUAGAGAAAAAAAAGGAGUAUGAGAAUGAAAUCCAAUCUUUGCUCAGAAUGAAGAAAAAGAACAGUGCAUAUCUCAAAGAGCUCUAUGAGGAAUGUUAUCGCAUUGGUACCAUUUUUGCCAUAACCAAGAAAAAAACUGAAGAAAUGGAAAAUAUAAUAGCAGAAGUGAAAAGAAAAUUCAAGGGUAGAGAAGAGUUCUUGAAAAAACUCACUAGAGGUGAAGUCGCUGCCGGUGUAGAAAUUCAGAAAAGGCUGCUUUCCACUGAAGAAAAUCAGUUCACAGAGAGGAAGAAAUUUGUGCAUAAGAAAAUAUUAUUCAGCAUUGCACUAGAAGAAAUUGAGAGUCCUCUGAUGGAAAUAGAAGAGGAUGCUAUAAAAAUCAGAGUCAUCCACGGAGAACAUUAUGAUAUGCUUAAUGAUAUACUUGAUAGAAAAAAAAAGGUCCGAGUAAAAGUAGAAAAAACAAGGAAAAAAUUGUAUAAAAAGGAGAAGAUAUCCCGUGUUGCAUUAUCAGAAACAGUGGAUAAACGGUCAACGGUUAUUAAACAGUAUGAAGGUGCGAAGACUAAAACAGUGCAUUAUAAUGAAAAAAUAAUUCAGAUGACUAAAGAAUUAAGGAAAAUGGAAGAGCAAAACGCAAAACUUGACAGGGAACUUGAACUUUUAAGGAAACAGUUUUAUGACGUGAGACUUGAAAAAGAACGUAUCCAAACAGUGUAUGAUCAUCUUGCGGAAGAGAGAUCAAAAUGCUAUGACAGACUCUAUAAGGAAGGCCAGAUGUUUAGAAAGUUCGUUGAUAUGAGACAAAGAACUCUGGCAGGUCUUUGUAAAAAACAGGAUGAUUUGCUGAAAGAAAACUACCGUUUAGCUCAAGAAUAUCAAAAGACUCAGACAAUUUACUUAGAGGAAAAGGAUGCUUUCUUCAAUCUAUUCACCAGGCAGCUACCACUCUAUGAGUCAGUUAGUGACAAGAAGCAGUUCUGUCAGCUGCAGAGAAAUCUACAAAAGGAGUGGCAGAAGUAUUUCAAACUGAUGGUCCUCUACAGCCAGAUGAGGCUGGCCCAUCUCCAGAAAGAAUCUCUGGAGAGUAUUCAGAAAAUAUUAGCUGUGCAGAUAAGAAACAAACAAGAAGACAUUUUUUUCAUCAUGUAUCUGCCAGUAGAUGGAUUAGAACAUGGAGUUGGCUUGAAGUUUGACUCUCAAUUAAGCACAUGA